UACCCUGUCGUGGCGUCAUCGCAGUCCCAGCAGCGGCGGCGGAGGAGACGGUGUUGGUGUAGCCGGGAGGUCAGGCGGAAGAGUCAGGGGGCGCUGUGCACUCAGUAGGCCUUUGACAGGGGGACCGAGGGAAGGGAUAGAGCUGGCAUCCGGAAGCCGGGGCGAGCAUGGAGGCCGAGGACGGGCAGGAGCUGCGGGUCGGCUCGCUGGUGCCAGUCCUGGUGGAGCAAAUGGUGAAUGACACGCUGCUGGUGACCCUGAGCUGCGGGGAGAAGUCGUACAGCGGCAUCCUCCUGGACUGCGGCAAGAAGUCGGGGUUGUUCUGCAUGCCGCCUCCUUCUGUUCCAAAAAAUGAAGACUCUCCUAAUGGUUCCUGUACCAGUAUUCCUACAGAUGCCAAUUUCUCCCAUCCAUUGUCAGAAACUCCCGUUCAAGAUACUGAGCUCCCUGUGAAAAGUAACACCGAUCAAGUUCCUCCACUCCUUCCACUCCCAGGUACUGCUCCUUCUUAUCCUCCAUACUUCGAAGGAGCCCCUUUUCCCCCUCCUCUGUGGAUAAGACAUUCGUACAAUCAGUGGGUGCCUCAACCGCCUCCACGCAGUAUUAAAAGGACAAAAAGGCGAAUGUCAAGGAACCGAGAUCCCGGGAGGCUAAUAAUGAGCACAAUAAGACUGCGGCCUAGGCAAGUCCUUUGUGAAAAAUGUAAAAACACAUUAAAUGCGGAAGAAUCUCCAAAGGAUAAAAACAACACUAGAAGUAGCAAAAGAUCACAAAGUGACGAUAAGGAAAGACAUAAAGUGGAGUCGGAUCCUGAGGAGAGAAAGACGACAAAGGAGAGGAGGGAGGAGCAUAGUGCCUCUAGAGACUUGAUACCUAGGAGUCCCUCCAAAGACUUGAUACCUAGGAGUCCUGUCAUAAAGAUCGUUUACAGUACACCGCAAGGCAAAGGGGAAGUGGUUAAGAUUCCAUCACGCAUACAUGGCUCUGUUGAGCCAUUUUGUCCAAACCAAACCCACGAAAAUGGAAGUAGGGACCAAGAGAUACCUAAGGACACUGAACAGUGUCAAGCUCCCAAACGUUUAGCGGACAGAACAACAGACAGCCAAGUGGCUUCUAUUCCGAAGUUAAAGUUACCUAAGCCGUUGCAUUCCAAUGCAGAUAUUCCACCACCUAAAAUCAGACUAAAGCCACAAAGGAUUAGUGAUGGACAAAGGGUUUCAGUCUAUAAAUCUGAGCUAAUUCAUGAGGUGAAUGUGCUGCAGAGCAGCCAAGCGUCUGAAACUGAUUCCUCCACUUAUUACAUGGACAGUGCUGCAGAAAGAAGUUAUCAGGAUGCGUCUUUGGGAAGCUCUGGGGAGGAUGAUGACUUCAAAGGAUUUCCACACAGCCAAGAGGGACAUAACCUGAAUUUACUUGUAAAUUACCGGAAAAGGAAAGCCGAUUCGUCUAGUGCAUCGUUGUGCAGCAAUGACAGCUUAGAUGAAUCAAAGUCAACUUGUCUGGAAUUAAAUCGGAUGGAUUUUUGUGACCUUAUGCCUGGUGACGAUAUUUCGGUCUCCUCUUCUAAAGAUGAACAGAAAACUGUCCCACCACUUAUGGUGAGACUUCACUCUAAAAGUGUAUCAAACUGCAUCACUGUAGAUGGAAAGACUAUUUCAGUAGGAGACAUUGUAUGGGGGAAGGUCCACGGAUUUCCUUGGUGGCCUGCUCGUAUACUAAGUAUUAAUGUUAACCAAAAGGAAAACGACGAUCCUCCAUGGCAGGAAGCAACGGUUUCAUGGUUUGGUUCUCCAACCACCUCCAGUUUAUCGGUUUCAAAACUUUCUUCCUUUUCAGAGUUUUUUAAACUGAGGUUCAAUAGGAAGAAAAAAGGUGUGUACCGUAAGGCUAUAGCUGAAGCUGCCAAGGCUACUAAUCAUCUGACUCCAGAAAUUAGGGAACUGCUAAUACAAUGUGAAACGUAAUUUCUUUGGAAGAUGAGCGGAUCAGAACACAGCUGUUCUCCUAGAGUUUCACUACGCCUAUAAACAUCCUGACAAACUCCCGUGAAGAGACUUGCAGUGGCUGCACUUCUGACAGUGAGAUGAGUUAUCUUGUCAUGUGUGAAGGAUGGCAGUCACCUGGACCUCAACGUGGAAUCUGCUACAGAGCUGACAUACCGAAUUCUCAAGGACAUUGAACCACAGAUAGAUCUGCUCUGCGUUUUAAUAGUAGCGACAUAAGAACAGCAAACAAACGCAAACUUAAUUUAUUUAUUUUUUAACUAC